UCUGCUCGUCUAUUCCAGAAAAAAAAAUCAAGUCUUUGUAUUUCUUUCUGUACUCAGCUCUUAUAACUCUUAAUAUAAGAAUAAGAUAGUGUAUGUCUUUCUUGUUAUUGCGUUCUUGCUUCUGUUCAUGGCGAAAGCCCGGCCACCGAGAAGGACACUAGAUUCCUACACGAUUAAAGGAACCAACAAAAUCGUUCGAGUCGGAGACUGUGUGCUUAUGCGGCCUUCGGAUUCUUCGAAGCCCCCUUAUGUGGCCAAAGUGGAGAAGAUCGAAUCGGAUAGUAGGAGUCAUGUGCGGGUUGAAGUCCGCUGGUAUUAUCGCCCGGAGGAGUCGAUCGGAGGCAGGAGGCAGUUUCAUGGCGCCAAAGAGGUCUUUCUUUCCGAUCACUACGAUCUCCAGAGUGCCGAUACAAUCGAGGGCAAGUGUACCGUCCACAGUUUCAAGAGCUACACUAAGCUUGAUGCCGUUGGUAACGAGGAUUUCUUCUGCCGCUUCGAGUAUAACUCCUCCACUGGAGCCUUCAAUCCGGACAGAGUUGCUGUAUACUGCAAGUGUGAAAUGCCUUACAAUCCUGAUGACCUGAUGGUUCAGUGUGAGGGCUGCACUGAUUGGUUCCACCCCCAUUGUAUAGAUCUUACUCCAGAGGAAGCGAAAAGACUUGAACAUUUCUUCUGUCAAAGUUGCUCUGCUGAAGAUCAGAAGAAGCUGAACAGCUCUCACAAUGGUUCUAGACACCCAGAGACAAAGGUGGAUACCAAACGGCGAAGGAGGUGAUAUGGUUAGCUUUACAUACAUAUGCAGCAAGAUAGAGAUAUUCUCUCUCUCUCUCUCUCUCUCUCUCUCUGAGGUUUUAGGCAACAGAAUUGUAGAAAAACUUGUCAUUAGCAGCAUGUUAUGGGAAUGAAGCUGGAUCACAUACUGUCAUAUCAAAUUUGGUCUGGGUGUAUGUAAAGUGGCACCUUUCCCAUGGGGCCAUAGAAGUUCAAAGAGGUUCUUGUUGGUCUGUAAAUAGGUAUCAUCAUUCUCCCGUUUUCUGGGUUUCUGUGUCCCUUCUUAAGUUCUUCUCUCUCUAUAUAUAUAUAUCAUUCCAAUCCAUAAGAUGCAAGACUGUUUAAGAUGUUCAUUUAUUUUUUUUUAUUCUCUUUUGCCCUCCAACUCUGCCAUUUUUAUUGGAUUGUGUUGAAAAGAAUGGGUUUCCCCCUUGUUGAGGGGUACAUAACAUUUAAAGGGAAAGGACUUUUCUGAUAUUUUGUUUGGUCUUUA